CGACUUGCCCUUCCCAGCUAUUGGGAGGAGCGAGCACAUAGGGUGAUGGGGCGGGAGGGACAGCCCAUUGCGAGCCUGCAGGGGAGAAAGGUAGGGGAAAGACCCGCUGUUCUAGAGUGGAGGAAUCAACGGAACUGCCGCUGUCAGUUGCCUCAGUCUUCAGCGCGGUCCGCUCCCUGUAUACCCGCCCCGCUCCUCAAACCCAAGCUUGCACUGAUUGCAAAAUUCUUGAGAAGAGGGUGUGGGAGUCCUGGGAGCCGAGGGUGGUGGUGGGUUGCCUUUAGGAAGUUCCUAGAUCAGGCUUGCCUCUGGCGGCUCCGCGAUCUUGCAGAAGAGGGAAGUUUGGGGGCUUCAUCUCCCCCAACUGGAUCAAGGGGACAGGGCAGAAGCAGAACAAUUGGGGGCUAUACCUGAGCUUGAGUUUGACACGGAUGGCUCAUUUUUUUCAUGCCAGGGUCUACCCGCCCGUGUACUAAUCAUUGUGAAGAGUGAAUGCCCCUAGAGCAUGUGCAGAAUGCCCUUUGCUUAUCAUGGAAAGGUUGAGGGGUUGAGGACGGAACUAUCUAAGAACUUAAUCGAAGCUUAGAUUUGGCCCCAGGAUCUGUUCUUGAUGUCAGGGCUCAGCCCUCCUUUGUACCAAUAAUUAUGAAGAGACUGCCCUUGAACAUGUGCAGAAUGCCUCAGCAUGGGCUUAAGAUAACAAGCCUACAGAUAAACACCUGAUACUUAAACGGUUGGUGGGUAUACAGAGUAUGACUCCAAUCAUGAUUUUAGAAUUUUACCCUAACUGAUUUUAGAAUUUUACCCUAACUGAUCCCAUUCAGAGGGUGUGUCAGCUCUACACUGCGUCAGCAGUGCCGGUGGGGGCUGGAAAUUCCUGGGUGGUUGGCAGGGAAGCAAAGUCCUUAGCCGGCAGUCUGGCCAUAAAUCUGCCAGGUCUUAGGAGGAGGGAAUCUGAUAAGGCCCCAGCUUGUCCGAAGCAUACUUGCCGAGUCAGGAGUCCAGAAGCGAGGUCAGUAGAGGUCCGGGAUCAAGUGCCAAGGGGUCAGUCCAAAGAGGUUGCAAGGAAACUAGGAAUACACAAAGCCACGCCUGACGUUGCAGUCAGCAACAAGCUGCAGCCAAGGUGUGCCUUAUAAAGAGCAAGGUUGACAGCAGGUGUGAGUCCUCAGCGUUUGGGCCUGAAGGAGACAGGCCUGCCUCUCUUCUGCCUGACCUUCUGCUGUCUACGUUCUGCAGAUCGGCUGGCUUGAGGUAACAGCAGAAAGCACAGCAUGGAUGCAGAAGACCCUGUCAAGGAAACUGCCCUUAUUACAGGAGGAGGUGGUUAUUUUGGUUUACGUCUAGGUUGUGCUCUUUCCAAGAAGGGAAUGGAUGUGAUCCUCUUUGAUGUCUCUAAGCCCAUCCAAGUGAUGCCAGAAGGAGUGGAAUUUGUGCAUGGUGAUGUAUGUGUGCCCUCCGAAGUGGAAAGAGCUGUCCGAGGAGUGACAUGUGUCUUCCAUGUUGCUUCUUAUGGGAUGUCUGGCCGGGAGCAGCUAAACCGAAAACGUAUAGAAGACGUGAAUGUUGGGGGAACAAAAAACAUCAUUGAAGCUUGCCGGAAAGCGAGAGUCUCGAAGCUGGUUUACACAAGCACCUACAAUGUGGUGUUUGGGGGCCAAGUAAUAGAAAAUGGGGACGAGUCUCUGCCUUAUCUGCCUCUCCAUCUUCACCCAGACCAUUACUCGAGGACCAAAGCCAUAGCUGAGAUGAAGGUUCUGGAGGCCAACGGAACGGCCCUUGGGGAAGGGCGAGGGGUACUGAGGACCUGUGCCUUGAGACCCGCUGGUAUCUAUGGGCCCGGAGAGCAGAGACACCUUCCAAGGAUUAUAGGCUAUGUUGAACGGGGCUGGUUUCAGUUCAUUUAUGGGGAUCCCGGCACCCUGGUGGACUUUGUCCAUGUGGACAACCUGGUGCAAGCUCACAUUUUAGCUGCAGAAGCUCUGGGAAGUAGGAAGGGGCAUAAAUCAGCUGGUCAAGCUUACUUUAUUUCAGACGGCAGGCCCGUCAACAACUUUGAAUUUUUCCGGCCUUUGAUAGAAGGCUUAGGCUACCCAUUCCCGACUUUGUGCCUCCCUCUUUCUCUUGUUUACGUCUUCGCCUUUCUCACUGAAGCGGUUCAUUUCAUGGUGGGGCGCUUCUAUAAUUUCCAGCCCCUCCUCACUUGCACAGAGGUUUACAAAACUGGCGUCACACAUUAUUUCACUUUGGAAAAGGCCAAGAGGGAGCUGGGGUAUGAUCCCCAGCAGCAUAGCAUCAGAGAAGCGGUCGAGUGGUUUAAAGCCCACAGUUACAGCCGGAAGCUUGGGAGGUACACCGCAAAACAUUUCUUUAGGGAUGUGGUGCUUGUCCUUCUGUUUGCAGUGGUGGUUCUUUCCUGGUUCCCCAGAGCAGUCAGAGCAUCUGAUGGGGAGAUCAGAUACUAACAAGGCAGAUUUCCUUGGACACUUUUAAGCAGAACUAAAAUAAGCUUAGAUUUCCCCAGCUGCCCUAAUCUCAUUUGCCCCAACCUCCUAAAGGCAGCCAGAAUAAACUUCUGAGAAGCUGGCCUUGACUGGAUUUUUUUUUUAGCCUUUCCAUUUCUCCGUGCACCUUUUUUAAAUCUAAGGCAUGAAUCACCAACAUGAAGCUUGUGGGCACCCAACGCUGAGCUGGAUGGACCAUUGAUGUGAUUUGGAGCAAGGCUGCUUCUUCCUCUGUUCCUGUGUUCUGUCCCCUUGCAUCCGUAACACUUUUGCCUCUUGGAACACUUGUAAAAGUAUAAUAUCUAAUAAUUGCUGGACCACGUGCUUGGAAAAACUCAGGGUUUACGGAUUUGUUGCUGACGUUUAAUUAUAAAAACACCUGCUUGCUGGCUGAUGCCUAUGGGAGGGAUUUUAAUCACUGUUUUGCCACUUCACAGUUCCUUCCUGGCACCGUUCUUGUAGAUAUACUUCUAAUUUCAUGCUUAUUUCAUGUUCCCUUGCUUGCAAUGUUCUUUCUGGAACCGAAAAAGAAAAGAAAAACAAAAAUAAAAGCUUGACCUAGAUCAUGUAAGCCGAAAGGGACUCGGAUUGAAUGUGUAGGUAAAUGAUUGAAGACCUGCAGUUACAGGCUGUGCCAGUCUUCUGUGUGUGGCAGCACUGACAGGAAAUAGCAAGCAGGUUUUUAAAUGAGCCUCCAUCCUAAUACGUUAAAUCCCAUAUGCUCUUAAAUUACUGCUGAUUACAGAGUUUGCAGCCAGCUGAAGACCGCCUGGAUGUUUCUUGCUAUCUUCCCUAAGCCCAAAAAGAUUUAAAUGGGGGACUGAAUUACAGUUGGAGGUGAAGAUUUUUCAACAGGCAAAGGCAGAAUUGCUUGCAUCCCGUUUUGUUUGUUGUAGGGUCCGCCCCCAGAGACUAAUGGAUCCGGAUGGUUUCCAAAGGGCUCUGACAGGGCUGGUGCUCCUGUCGAAACCCUGGUUGAACUGUGGAAUACAGAAAUGACCCGGGCGGUUGACAUGAUCGCUCCUGAGUGCCCUCUCCUGUGUAGAGCUUGUACGGCUCCAUGGUAUACCCCAGAGCUGAGAGCAAUGAAACAAUAUAGGAGACCGCUUGAGUGCAGAUGGAGACGAACUCCUGGUGGAUGUAAUUACACACUGGUAAGUGCCUAUGGUAACCUGUAUUUAGGGGCAGUAAGGGCAGCAAAAAAACAAUAUUUUGCUGCCACUAUCGAAUCAUCACUCUGCCACCCAGCGGAGCUCUUCAGAAUUGUCCGGGGGCUAUUACACUCUGGCCCCAGGGACAUGGUAGAACCAUCUGAGGCCCACUGUAAUGAAUUUGCUAGGCACUUCCAGGAUAAAAUCUUUAGCAUCCGCCAGGACUUAGACUCCAGUGUUAUAGCAGAUGAAUCAAGCGAGGAAUCCAGAGCACAGCCUUGUCCCGAUUUCUUGGAUGAGUUUCAGUUGGUGCAGCUUGAGGACAUUGACAAGGUGCUUGGACAGGUUCAUGCAACCACUUCUGUGCUGGAUCCUUGCCUUUCUUGGCUAAUAAAAGCUAGCAGGGAUGGAACAGCCGGCUGGGCCAGGGAGGUGAUUAAUGCCUCUCUGCGAGAGGGGGUGGUCCCUGGCUGCCUGAAAGAGGCAGUAGUGAGACCACUCCUGAAGAGACCCUCCCUGGACCCAGAAAAUCUUAAUAACUAUAGGCCGUAGCAAAUGUUCCAUUCCUGGGCAAGGUCCUUGAACGAGUGGUUGCUCUUGGAUGAGACCGAUUAUCUGGAUCCAUUUCAGUCGGGUUUCAGGCCUGGUUUUUGGCACAGAAACAGCCUUGGUCGCCCUGUAUGAUGACCUUUGUUGGGAGAGAGACAGGGGGAGUGUGACUCUGCUGAUUCUCCUUGAUCUUUCAGCAGCUAUCGAUACCAUCGACCAUGGUAUCCUUCUGGGGAGACUGGCUGAGUUGGGAGUGGGAGGUACUUCAUUGCAGUGGUUCCGCUCCUACUUGGCAGGUCACCUCCAGAAGGUGGUGCUUGGGGAACAUUGCUUGGCACCCUGGACUCUCCUGUAUGGGGUUCCGCAGGGGUCAGUUCUGUCCCCCAUGCUGUUCAACAUCUACAUGAAACCAUGAAACCGUUGGGUGCAGUCAUCCGGAGCUUUGGAGUGCGUUGCCAUCAGUAUGCUGAUGACACGCAGCUCUAUUUCUCCUUUUCAUCUUCUUCAGGUGAGGCUGUCAAUGUGCUGAACCGGUGCCUGGCUGCGACAAUGGACUGGAUGAGGGCUAAUAAACUGAGGCUCAAUCCAGACAAGACUGAGAUGCUGCUAGUGGGUGGUUCUUCUGACCAGAUGGUGGAUGUAACCAGUCCUGGAUGGGGUUGCACUCCCCCUGAAGGAGCAGGUUUGUAGCUUGGGGUUUCUCCUAGAAUCAUCUCUGUCACUUGAGGCUCAGGUAGCCUCGGUGGCACGGAGUGAUUUCUACCAACUUUGGUUGGUAGCCCAACUAUGUCCCUAUCUGGACAGGGAUAACCUGGCUUCAGUUGUCCAUGCUCUGGUAACCUCCAAAUUAGAUUACUGCAAUGCACUCUACAUUGGGGCUGCCUUUGAAGACAGUUCGGAAACUGCAGCUUGUGCAAAAUGCAGUGGCCAGAUUGGUAACAGGGACCAGACGGUCCAAACAUAUAAAACCGAUUCUGGCCCGCUUGCACUGGCUGCUUGUAUGUUUCCGAGCUCGAUUCAAGGUGCUGGUUUUGACCUAUAAAGUGUUACACAGCUUGGAACCACAAUACCUGAUGGAAUGCCUCUCCCGAUACAAACCCACCCGUACACUAUGUUCAAGAUCAAAGGCCCUCCUCCGGGUGCCUACUCCAAGGCAAGCUCGGAGGAUGGCAACAAGGGAGAGGGCCUUUUCAUUGGUGGCUCCCAAAUUAUGGAAUGAUGCCGUUGACAAGGUGUGCCUGGCGCCAACACUGUUAUCUUUUCGGUGCCAGGUCAAGACUUUCCUCUUCUCCCAGGCAUUUUAGCAUGUGUUUUAUACUGUUCAAAUUUUUAAAUUGUUUUUUAAAUUGUUUUCAUAAGAUCUGUUUUAAAUUGUAUUUGUUUUAAUGUUUUUGGUUACUGUAAACCGCCCA